AUUGCCUUUAGUUGACGAAAUCAAAAUGGCGUCUUUUACGGGCUAGCGCUUAUCCGCCGCAUACUGAAUACCGUUUCCUAAAAUCGUGGGUGUAACUAUUUGUUAGUGGUUAUAACAAUUUGUGAACGACUAUUUAGUGUUGAAGUGUAUUUUUUUUCACUACGGACUCAUUGGAUAUUGUUUCGACACAUCUAAACGAGCUCCAUCAAAGAUAUGCAAAGAGUGCAAGCGGAGGUCUGAAACGAUGUGUAAGGACGGAUGAGGCGCCGGCGCGCGCUAACGCGACGCGCAACCAUACAAUAUGUCGUUCUUUAAUAAUCUUAAGAAGGUGCUGCACCUAGGCAGCGGUAACGAUGCGAAGAAGAAGAAGGUGUUCAAUAACAUCCGCGACAACAGCGACCCCUCGGAGAACUGGGAUAUGGUCGGCGAGCUCGGAGAUGGAGCGUUUGGAAAGGUAUACAAAGCUCAACAUAAGACGACGGGUCAGCUGGCUGCCGCGAAGAUGUGUGUCCUCGAUAACGAGGAUGACCUGGCCGACUUCACCGUGGAAAUAGACAUCCUAUCCGAAUGCCGGCAUCCCAACGUGGUGGAACUGCAUGAGGCAUAUUUUAUAGAUAACAAGUUAUGGAUGCUACUAGAAUACUGCGACGGUGGCGCCCUCGACUCUGUGAUGGCGGAACUAGAGAAAGGCCUAAACGAGAUCCAAAUAGCCUACGUCUGCAGGGAGAUGUGUAAAGGUCUACAGUUUCUGCAUUCGAGGAGGGUUAUACACAGGGAUCUGAAGGCUGGCAAUGUAUUGGCUACGAUGACCGGUGGAGUUAAGUUGGCGGAUUUCGGCGUCUCAGCGAAGAACAAGUCGACGUUACAGAAACACGAUACGUUCAUUGGGACGCCGUAUUGGAUGGCGCCCGAGGUCGUUCUGUGCGAGACGUUCAGAGAUCAUCCUUAUGAUUUUAAGGUUGACAUCUGGUCCCUGGGCAUCACCCUGAUAGAGUUUGCCCAAAUGGAGCCUCCAAACCACGAGAUGACACCGAUGAGAGUGUUACUCAAGAUCCAGAAGAGCGAACCACCCACCCUGGACCAGCCUUCCAAGUGGAGUAAAUCGUUCAAUGAUUUUAUUUCCAAGGCUCUUGUGAAGGAUCCAGAAAAGAGGCCGACAGCGGUAGAGCUCCUGAAACACGAGUUUGUCAACGGAAAGCUGGACGCGAAACCUCUGAGGGAUCUGCUCUUGGAGUACAGGGCUGAAGUCGUCGAGGAGGAGGUUCUUGAUGACGAUUCAGAGGAGCCGCGCAGCUCGCAUAUACCUAUGGAGGAAGAUGACUCUACCUCCGUCCGCUCAGCCGACACGCCGGACGUCAAGAUGUCGGAGGAGCCCACAGCUGGUACGACCCCGGUGGGAACGGCGAGGCGCGCGCCCCCGUCCCCCGCGGCCGCGCCCCCGUCCCCUGCGGCUGCGCCCCCCGCCCCCGCAGCCGCGCCGUCGCCCCCCACCGCGGCCGCGCCUGCGCCCCCCGCCAACAAGCGCCCCCACGAAGACGAGCACCCGCCUGCUGACAGGAAACCUCCCGCACCAAAAAAAGAGAAAGGCCCGGCACCCCCACCACCUUCAUCGACACCUUCCACCCCUACAACCACCGUCUCCCCCACGACCGCAACGACCCCAGCUCGCAAGCAGCCCGCCCCUCCGCCGCCCGUCCCGGCCGCUACACAGGCACGGCAAGCGUCCCCCUCCCCGACCCCGUCCCCCACUCCUCCCCAGACCCCGUCGUCGUCCCCCGCGCGAGACGAGGUCGCAGAUACCGCUACAGCUGGCAGGCUGAUCGUAGACCAGGUAUGCAGAGACGCAGAGAAAGCAGUAGAAAACAAGAAAUCGGAGCCAAAAACAAUAAACGAAGAACAAAAACAGUCAGACACAGAAAAACAGACACCCGUACAGCAAACAAAACAGAACAACGUAGAAGAUAAAGUGAGAACAGAGAUUGAGAAUGAAAAAAGAGAUGUAGAUAAAAGGGAAGCGGAUAAAAUUGAAAUUGAAAGAAGAAAAAUUGAAAAGAGAAACUCGAUAGAGAAGACUGGCGUAGAAGUGAAUAGGGUGAGCGCAGAAGUAAGUAGGUUAGAGAAGAGUAUAUCUCGAUCCGGUUCUACGGAUGAGGAUGAUAAGAGGAGAGAGGAGAAGAAUGAGAGGAGAUCGCAGCAUAAUGCUGUCGAAAUUAGGCCUGUGACGCCGCCGGUGGUGGUGGUGUCGGUGCCCCCGCUGGUGGUGUCGGUGACGGAGGUCCCGGCGCCGGCGGAGCCCAACAGCCUGGCGGCCGCCGCCCCCGCCGGCCUCGUCACCGUCACCACCACGCACCCACCCGUACUCAGCACCGCCGCACGACUCCCACCAAACGCGGUGACGAUAUCAACGACGCCCCCCAUCGCCGACGAGGUGGUGAUCGUCGGCGCCGGGUCCUCAUCAGACGAUGACUGCUUCGCGCCGUCAUCUCUUGACUCCUUGGAUUGCACGCAUUAUAGCGAAAAAGCUCGUGGUCGUCGUCUGGACAGCAGUGAGGUCCUGAUCCUCAGCCCCACGGCAGCCGCCACCGACUCCGGCGUCUUCGACGACAGCGUCACCAACGGACUGCAUCUGGACACAUCCCACGUAUCAGUAGUGACGGUGGGCAAUGAAGAGAUCCGGGUUCGAGACUCGGCCGCGACACACAUCGCUCUCGGCUCCGUCAGUACGCGACUCAGUCCCGAUAGCUUUGAAAGCAGAUCCCAGUCGGACAGUGGGUCGGUAUCGAGCGGGUCCCGCGCGGCGCGCGACGCCGACUCGCUGAGCGCCGCGACCCCCACCAGCGCGUCCCACGACGACCAGCUGCAUCUGGCCCAUCUGGGGACCGAGCUCAAUGGCGGCGCUAGAGUGAACGCAGACGGUCAAAACUUGGACAACGGCGCCGAAGAACCGGUCGUGCUUAGAAGAAAGCAACAGGAUGGUCAGCCAGUCAACAGGAUACAGAGGUCCAAAGAGGACAUACACAUGGCGAACCUCAAGAAGAAGACCAGGAAACGCACGAGAAAAUUCGAAAUAGAUGGCGUUAUUGUCACUACCACUACUUCCAAGGUGAUAUGGGGUGACGAGGAGAGCGGUCGCACGUGGGACGACCACGCGCUUCGGAAGCAGGAACUGCGCGAGAUCAAGAUGCUGCAGAAACAGGAACAGAAGCAGUUCCAGGACCUCAACGCCAAAGAGACACAGCUUAGGGAACAGCAGGAUAAAAGGUUCGAAGCAGAGCUAGUGGCCUUAGGUAGGGCUCACGAGGCCGACCUGGAAGCCUUAGCGCGGGCUCAGCGCGCCGCCGCGGAGCGAGCCGACGCGGCGCUCGAAGCCGAACUAAGGCACGCCGCCAAACGACUUCGGGCCGACCACGAGAGAGACCUGCGACACUUCCGGGACACCCUCAAACAGGAGCUCAGGUUACUCAAGCAGGAAGUCGAGCUAGUCGCCAAGGAAAGACGCAAGGACGCGUACCGGUCGCGGCGCGCGCGGCUGGACGCCGAGCACGCGGAGCGCGAGCGGGCCUUCGUCGCCGCGCUCGCCGACGCCGCCGACGCCGUGCUGCGGCGCAUACACGACGCGCACCGCGACCGACAGGCGCUCGCUGACACGCAGUACCUGCAGCAGCGACACCAGAUAAUGCGGACUCGAGAAGCUGCUCUAUGGGAGCUGGAAGAGAAACAGAUCCACGAACGACAUCAGCUCGCCAAGAGGCAGCUCAAGGACGAGUUCCUGCUGCGGAGGCAUCAGAUGCUGGUCCGGCAUGAUAAGGAGCUGGAACAGAUCAAGAGGAAAAACACCCGUAAGGAGGAGGAGCUAGCUAAGGUGCAGGCGUUAGAAAAGAGAUCGUUGCCCAAACGGAUCCGGGCGGAGCAGAAAGCUAGAGAGAUGAUGUUCAGGGAGUCGUUGCGGAUCAGCGCCAUGAACGCGCCCAGUCACGAGGACGAGAGGGAAAGGCUGAAGAAGUUCCAAGAGAAUGAGAAACGCAGAUAUCGCGCGGAACAACAACGCCUCGCGACCAAACAUGCCAAAGCGAGGGAGGAGCUCAAGGCGGCCGGAGAGGCGUUGCUUCGAGAACUGGAGCAGUACCAGAACGAGAAACGCAAGGCUCUGAUGAACCACGAGAGCAAUAAGAUGAAGGCGGUCGAGGAGCGGUACUCCCAGGAGUUGAAGGAGUGGCGCGCCACGCUCGGGGACAGAAAACUGAACAUCAUAAAAACCUUCGAGAAAAACCUGGACGAUCACGAGAAAAAGUUUGGAAUACCCAUACCUGACAGAGGGAUCUAUCUUAACGCACCCUGGCCGAAAAACGUACUGCAGCACGUCCUAAGCGCUUACCAACAGAGGACGUCCUUCAUUGGCUCCUUAUCCAGAUCCAGGACAAGUUUGAACUUCCUAUCUGCAGCCAAUACUCCAAAUAUGGACAGGAGAAGAAGCAUCAGCCCAAGCAGAACCACGAAAUCAGCCGCAACCAGCGCCAAUAACACGACGAAGAGAGGAAAACUCACUAAAGGAAACCGUUACGCUUCAACAUCCAACUUAAGACUGGUAUCCGACAAAAUAUCAGGAUUCUCAGUCUUCAACUCGAGCGAUGAUUGGCGUAGAGAACCAAUAAUGGCUUACGGGGACGAUAGAAAAAUAACAGAGGAAGCUGAAAGACCUAAAGAUAAGAAAUUGAACAGACAAUCCUUAUCUGAACACUUGUUAAAGGCGGAAGCCCCGCAAACUAUGAAGCGUAGCAUUUCACAGCAGAGCUUGAAACAGGAUAGGGCUUUGGAAGCAGUUAUGAUCGACUUGCCAUCUCUUGAGACCCCAUACGGGACUAUGAGAAGUGAUAGAAGCGAUAGCACUUACACAGUUGAUUCAGACGAUGUGGAAACCCACUUCAGUCGCUGGGGUCCCGUUAGGGGCUCAAAUAGCUACUCAAACUCUGAAAUACCUGUCAGUCAAUUAUCUACGCUUAAUGUUAGGAAAUCGAUACUGGCUGAUAAGACGGACGGUCCACCGGAUUCCGUCGUCUAAUUCUCCGUUUUUGGAUGUGGGAGACGAGAGGUUCGAUUUGGAGUUUCUUUUGCCCAUUUCGGAAGUAGAUGGGACAUGUGACUUAAUUAAAGAGGAUCUACCAGAAUCCUUACAUCAUCAGCCACAAAAUCCAAUCUUCGGGUUAAUUCACACUGAGACGCGCUAUGACUAACUAUACUAUAAGUGAAGCGUCCGCUGCGAUCCGCUUCC